AUGACUGUAAGUCAUCGACCAGCUAUCCAGAUUCUCUGUUUUGAUAUUGCUACUCAUCCACCGAUCGUGAUCGUGAGCCUUCAUCAAGCAGCUAGAAACACAAGUCACCAAGCAGCAAGGAUUAAGGAACACAAGAAGUCAAGAAGGAGUACAAUUUUCUCAGAAAACUCUUGGAACAAUUUCGACUGUAAAUUUAAGAAAUGCCGCCAAGUGGUUGUUGUACCUGAAUGUCCUCCCUCGAUGAAGCCUGUUGUAGGUCAGAAAUUCCAGUCAUUGGAUUUCGCUUUUGCUUUCUACGACAUAUAUGCCCGGGCAGUUGGCUUUGAUACGCGCAAACAAGCUAUGAGGAAGGUUGAUGAUGUCACCACGUGGUAUCAAGUUGUAUGCAAUAGGGAAGGACGGAAGAAGGGUGAAGAGGAUGACCAGUUGAAUGCCCGUUCUGGUUUCACAAUCAAGCGUAGGAAGUUAUCUAAGCGGUGUGGUUGUACAGCUAAUAUAUCCUUCAGGUUUUUCUCGGAAGAUUGCUCGUCAGGAUACAUAAUUCAGGAGUUCAAUGAGAUUCAUAACCAUCAUAUGGUUGAGACGGAACAGCAGAAAUUCAUGUCAAGUAAUCGCAAGUUGGAUGAUGUACAUCACAAAUUUAUACUAGACUGUUCCAGGGCGAAUAUAGGACCCACGCUUACAUUUAAGGUAUUGAAGGAGAUUCUUGGUGGGUUUAACCUGGCUGGUUGCACUGUGGGGGAUAUCAGGAAUGCCUCAUGGGACAUAAAAGCAUAUGCACAAGGAGUUGAUGUACAAAUGGUGUUGGAUGACAUGGCUAGGAAGAAGGAGAUGUCCGAGGCUUUCACCUAUCACUACGAAGUUAACGAAUUUGACCAGUUGGUUGCUUUGUUUUGGUGCGAUGGUGUGAUGAAGAGAAAUUACCACAUGUUUGGUGACAUUGUGUCCUUCGACUCCACAUACAACACAAAUAGGUACUGUAUGAUAUUCACUCAUUUCACUGGAAAGGAUAAUCAUGGUAGUCCUGUGACAUUUGCGGCCGGGUUGGUGUGCAGCGAGAAAACAGGGGCAUUUGCUUGGCUGUUCAGACAUUUUAUAGAUUGUAUGGGUGUAGCACCCAGGAUGAUUGUGACCGAUCAAGAUUUGGGUAUGCGAUCAGCGAUUGAAGAAGUCCUCGUCGGCACGCGUCACCGUUGGUGUAUGUGGCAUAUAAUGCAUAAAUUGGCAGUCAAGGUACCAAACAGAUUAUUGCGGGACGACGAUUUCAAAAAGGAGUUUAACGCUUGUGUUUGGUCGGACCUAUUAGAGCCGGAGGAAUUCGAGGAGGAGUGGAAUAGAUUGGUUGAACAUUAUCAGCUGGAGGACAUCGACUGGUUCAACACACUGUAUGCAUAUAGGAGGUACUGGAUACCGGCGUACUUUAGGGAUUUUCCUAUGGGUUCGAUGAUUAGGACUACGUCCAUAUCUGAAUCAGAGAACAUUUUCUACAAAAAUUAUCUGAAGCCCCGAGCAAACAUAGCCGAAUUCUACCUGAGUUUCAACCACGCCAUAGAAUUCCAGCGGAAUAGUAGAACAGCUUUGGACUACCACGAUGCCACGUCCAUACCCAUACUCGCAACUACUCUGCCGUUCGAGAAACAUGCUUCUACAUUGUUUACCGACAGUAUGUUCAGGAAAAUACAAGAAGAAAUAGUCGAAGGUAAUGACAGAUGUCGUGUGCUGAGUUUUAUGUCAGGAGAAACUGCUGACACAUACAAGCUUGGCGAUAGCAAGCGCAAUGCAUAUUUUGUUCGUCAUGACAAGACGGAUGAUUCUUACUCGUGCGAAUGCAAGCUUUUUGGUCGCCAUGGUUAUUUGUGCAGUCAUAUUUUCUUCCUAUUUCGGAACAAUGAGGUGAAAAAAAUCCCGGAGAAAUAUUGUGAAAGCAGAUGGAUGAAGACGCCCUUAGCCAAGGCUGUACACGGGGAGUUUCAGGAACGCUUGCUUACUCACUCAUCCGCUGACGAUAGGCAAACUGUGUCAAAGAAGGCGAUUUCGAUGUUUUAUGGGUUUCUUAGACAGUUUGAGACCGACAUCGGCGCAUUACGUGCAUUUGUAGCUGGCGUCGAAGAACUUGGCAACUCACUUCAAACUGGUAAACCGGUAACCUCAGUCGCUGAGAAGAGGCGUAUGGUUGAAGAGUUUUACGGAAUGGCAAGGCCUGAAACUGUUGCAGUGCAUCCUCCCGAUGUUGUGAAGAUGAAGGGUCACGCCAGCAGCUCGGCGAGCCGUCUGAUUUCAAAGAGAGACAAGGCUAUAAAGGAUGCGACUAGGCCUCUUAGACGGUGUAAGGGUUGCGAUGAGAUGGGUCAUCACAACUCUAGGAAUUGUCCUGUGCUUAAAGAGAUGAGGAUGGAGAAGGAUGCUCGCAAGGGGAAAAAUCCAGCUUGA